GACGCGCCCAGGUUGUUGCUGCUGCCGGGACGCGGCUGGGUGCGGGCGGCGGCUCGCGGAGGAGGGGGAGGCAGCGACGGGGAGCGCGGCAGACCCGGCCCGGCCAUGGACGAGCAAGCAGGGCCCGGGGUUUUCUUCAGCAACAACAACAACAAUAACGCCUUGCUUCUGCCUCCGCCGGCGGGCGGGCCGGGACUGGAGCCGGGAGAGGCGGCGGCGGCAGCAGCGGCCGCUGCAGCGGCAGCAGGAGGAGGAGGUGGCGGAGUAGUCGCAGGCUCCGGAGCUGCCGCACCGGUGUCGGCGUCCCGGGCUCAGUACAGCGUGCCGGGCAUCCUGCAUUUCCUUCAGCACGAGUGGGGCCGUUUCGAGGCGGAGCGCGCAGAGUGGGAGGCGGAGCGGGCGGAGCUGCAGGCCCAGAUAGCCUUUCUUCAAGGUGAAAGGAAAGGACAAGAAAAUCUGAAGAAGGAUCUGGUGAGAAGAAUCAAAAUGCUGGAAUACGCGCUUAAACAGGAAAGGGCUAAAUAUCACAAAUUAAAAUAUGGCACAGAAUUGAAUCAGGGAGAUGUGAAACCACCAAACUAUGAUUCUGAUGAAGGGAAUGAGACGGAGAUUCAGCCACAACAGAACAGUCAGCUCAUAUGGAAACAAGGACGACAGCUGCUAAGACAGUAUCUUCAAGAAGUGGGCUACACUGACACGAUAUUGGAUGUGAAGUCAAAACGAGUACGAGCUUUAUUGGGCCUCUCCAGUGAUGCUUCAGAGAAGGAAAACAGAAGUCAAGAGCCAAUGGUAAAUGGCACAGAAGGCCAGAUUAAGGAGAACAUGAUGAUUGGGAAACCUGAAUUGACUGACUCUGCCUCUCUGCUAGAGACCUUCAAGUUUCUUGAAAAUGCAGCUGCAGACUUUAGUGAUGAAGAAGAUGAAGAAGAUAUUGAAGGAAGGGAGAAAACAAUCAUUGAUACCGCAACAAUUGUAAGGAAAAGAGUGCUAUCUGACAGCAGUGAAGACAGAGAUACAGAAGAGGCUUUGAAAGAAUUUGACUUUUUGGUUACCUCAGAUGAAGGUGAUGGUGAAUCGAGAAGUUCAGGAGAUGGAACAGACUGGGAAAAGGAAGACCAGUGUCUCAUGCCUGAAGCUUGGAAUGUCGACCAGGGAGUAAUAACCAAACUCAAGGAACAAUACAAAAAGGAGCGCAAGGGGAAAAAGGGGGUGAAGAGAAAAACUACCGAAGAUAUGUUUCAGCCUCAAUCCUAUAUAAAACAGUCAAAACAGGGAUGUGGGAAAAUGAUGGAGCAAAGCACAGGGCCCAACAGGUCAAAGCUGCAAGAUAUGCUUGCAAACUUGAGAGAUGUCGAUGAUCUCCCUUCGUUGCAGCCAUCUGUUGCACCUUCUUCUAGGCCCAGCAGCUCAAGGCUCAUUGAACACGAGAUAAACAGGACAGAUGAAGUGGAAGCUUUAACAUUCCCACCUUCUUCAGGGAAAUCUUUCAUUAUGGGAACAGAUGAAGCCCUUGAAAAUGAGCUGGGUCUUGGAGAACUCGCAGGCCUUACAGUGGCCAAUGAGGCAGAUUCACUGACUUAUGAUAUAGCAAACAAUAAGGAUGCAUUGAGAAAGACUUGGAACCCCAAAUUCACAUUAAGAAGUCACUUUGAUGGAAUAAGAGGUCUUGCUUUUCAUCCCGUUGAACCAGUCCUAAUAACAGCUUCAGAGGAUCAUACAUUAAAAAUGUGGAAUUUACAAAAAACUGCCCCAGCAAAAAAGAGUGCUUCUCUUGAUGUAGAGCCAAUAUAUACCUUCAGAGCACAUAAUGGACCAGUGCUGUGUGUGGUGAUGAGCAGUAAUGGUGAACAGUGUUACAGUGGGGGAACAGAUGGCCUCAUCCAUGGCUGGAGUAUAACCAACCCCAACAUCGACCCCUAUGACUCUUAUGAUCCUUCUGUUCUAAGAGGUGCUUUUGUAGGCCAUACAGAUGCUGUUUGGGGUCUGGUUUACAGUGGAGCACACCAGCGUUUGCUGUCCUGUUCAGCAGACGGCACCAUACGUCUGUGGAAAGCUACAGAAAUUUCUCCAGCUCUCAAUAUAUUUAAUGAUAAUCAAGAAAUGGGAAUCCCUUCAUCAAUAGAUCUUGUGAGCAGUGAUCCAAGCCUUAUGGUAGCAUCAUUUAACAGUGGACACACUAGCAUUUUUAACAUGGAGACACGACAACAAAUUCUUACCCUGGAGUCCACUGUGGAUACUUCAGUCAGUUCCUCCUGUCAGAUAAACAGAGUCAUCAGCCAUCCAACUCUUCCAAUUAGUAUCACUGCUCAUGAAGACAGACAUAUCAAAUUCUACGACAACAAUACAGGAAAACUGAUCCACUCCAUGGUAGCUCAUUUAGAUGCAGUUACAAGUUUAGCUGUUGAUCCCAAUGGCCUGUAUUUGAUGUCUGGCAGUCACGAUUGUUCAAUUCGCUUGUGGAAUCUUGAAAGCAAGACUUGCAUCCAAGAAUUCACUGCUCAUCGCAAAAAAUUUGAUGAGUCCAUUCAUGAUGUGGCAUUCCACCCCUCCAAAUGCUACAUUGCCAGUGCAGGAGCAGAUGCCCUGGCUAAAGUGUUUGUAUGACAGAGUGUUUUCCUUUCAACUCUAGCUUUGUAUAUAUUUAACCAGCUGCACAAAAGAGAAGAAGAGGGCAUGAGUCUUCUUAUCCUGCCCUAUAAUCCAGAGAAUGUUUGUAAGUGUUUAGUUUUGCAGGUUGCUGUUUUCUAAAUUGAAAUUUGUUCUAGUUUCUGUGAGCUCAGCUGGUGCUGAGAGCUUGGAAACUCUCAGUUUCAAAUAGUUAAAAAAAAAAAAAAAAAAAGAAAUGCUUUUAUUUCAGAGGGUUUGAAAUUUCGUCCAGGCAGGCCUUGGGUGAAACUAGGUCUAUGUAUUCUAUAUUAAUAAAAUGAGUAUUGGAAAGAAGGGGUCUAAUUGCAUCAGGGAGUAGAAGAGAGAAACUUCCUAAGAUAGUUCUCAUUGUAGAAGCUCAUGAGCUCAAUGAGCUUUGAGAAUGAAUGGAAUCUUAAUGUACUUAAACUUAAAUCACCUGGUAAAAGUGACAGUUCAUGUACUCAUUGAUGUGUCAUGUGAGAGGCACUUUGUCAUCCCCUUGGUGUUAAUAAAAGUAGAUCUUUUUCAGAGAGCAGUAGCAGAUAGUUAAACUCAGCCACCAGGCUACUAGCCUAAGAUAAAUACAAUUAAACGAAAGCAAAAUACUAACAUAAAUUAAAAUGCAUUAAAGGUUGUUGGUUUUUUUUUUACAUCUUUUGUGUUAUACAGUAAAUAUUUAGUUUGCAAAAAAAUUAUAUAACUUUUUGAAGACUGUAUUUACAUGUGGCUAGAAGCUGAGCCUGUAGUGUAGUCCCGAUUAACAACAGACUGAAGCAGUCUGUAUAUACUGUAGUAGCAGAUUUAACUUAUUCAGAUUUGUAAUGCUGUUUAAUCUUGGAGAUCUGGCACAGGAAAUUAUCACAAAGAUAUCCAAAUAAGCUGUCUUGCAAUUUCAAUAUCAGACAUUCAUCUCCUCUUUCUGUUCCUGCUAAAAAGGGUAUCGUUCUGGGCAUUAAGGAUACAGUCAAAUAGUUCUUUUGAAGAUUAAACCUAUACCUGAUGCUUUGUAUGAGUCCUACUGUAGUGGAAUAGGUGAGAACUAUGCCAAAUUCCAUGAACUUGGGAGGUUCUGCUACUUCUAGAAGUAUUUCCCAGCUUAAUCAUUUGUGAAACUUUUUAACUCAUCACUUCACUGGGUGUAUUGUGCCCUUGAUUAGGUUACCUGAAGAAUGAGUCCUUCUUGUAUUUAUUCAACAGACAUGUUUAUCUAUUCAGAGCUUCUCUGUUGAUUUGAAUGACAAAUAAUUUUUAAUCCAGGCUUUUAGUCUUUUUUUUCCCUCUUAAAUGAAUGAUAAAUUUGAAUGACAAAUGAUUUUUAUUCCGGUCUUUUAGUCUUUUUUUUCCCUUCUUAAAUGAAGGUGAGUGAAUUCUUUUCUAGAGUGAAUCAUCAUCAUGAGUUGUUACUGGUUAAAAGCCUGAAAUUGAUGUUGUCCUCUACUGGGAAUGGAGGAAAAUUCCUACUGGAGAGAAUUUCUAGGGUUGAUGUAAGUAGGAAAGAACCUGGUGCAACUCUUCCACAUCCCAGCCUGAAUUUAAGACUGGAAACUGAUAAAUAAAUCUCUACCUUUGAACUGACACUUUUUCAAAAAGGAAUCAAUGGUGUCAACAUAGAGUCUGACUGUGCUGUUUUAGAAUGGCAUUUGGGGAUGGGGCCACAUUUGAAGCUGAAUUCAGAGUUUAAAUCAACUAUGUUAUUUAGAAUAAAGAAUUGACUUGUGCUGUUUGAGCCUGCAAUACGUUAUAUUUACUGCUAAAAUAUCUUGGAAUAUCUCUUAUUGCUCAGAAUAUUCAGAUAUGUCACUUCAUGAUAUUGAUAUGCAAUAUAUUUCCAUAGAUAAGAUUAGAAAUUUUACCAUGAAACAGAUUAUUACGAUAGUAAUUCAGAUUAUUUAGUUUUUAUAAAGUGUUUUGGUUAUGAUGGAAAGGGGGAAACUUGACUGCAAAACUGAGCAUUCAACUUUGUGAGAGUUCUGUGUACUUGACUCAUGUUCUUUCAGUGUCAUUAUUUUAUUUCUUUUUGAAGAGGAAAUUACAAAGAUUUAUUUGAAAAAUUCUAAAAGUUAUGUAUAUUAUAUAUGUAUAUAUAUUGUAAACAUGUAUUAAAUGUGUCUAGUAAGGGAAGACUCCAUGGGUGCAUUUUAAUGUUUUAGUAUUAAAGAGUUCUCAGUUUGUGUAUACAAAGGAUAGGUGUGAGUAUGAAAUGAAUGUUGUGCUUUUGCUUACACAAUACAAUAUGUAGUUACAGUUGUUCAAAUUGCUGUACAUACAACUAAUAGGCCAGCAUGCUUGUUUUUAAAGACUGUCAUUCUGAUUACAAUUGGAAUGUUAGAAGUGGCUGUUCAAAUGUGAAUUGAAAGAUGUUUCCUUCUCACUA